CUCCUACCAAAAUCACAGCCCCGUGGAGCCCGGGCUCUCAUUCACAGCUUUCUAGAGAAAUCUGAGCCCGAACCUGCCAGAAUAGGGGAUCUCACCCACCCAGUUCAGCAGAGAAGACACCUGCAGAAACACAUGCCCAAAGCAAGGCUGGGCAGCCGUGUGAAGUAAGCAAUGGCCUCGGUUUUCCUUCUCUUUGGGAUGGCCACCACCACAUAGGGCCCGAAUGCGAAAGAAGACCCUCUAUUUUUCUGCUUCAGUUGCAGUCUGGUAGUCAAACAACUGUUGAAUGGGCCACUGUCUCAGCAGACCAUCAGGUGAAUGGGACCAGUCUCUCUUCUUCCAAAGUAUCAGAAAUUAAGCACUUGGAAAGGAGAUUUGGCCAAGAUGACCCAUUUACAGGCUGGGCUCAGUCCAGAGACUAUAGAGAAAGCACGCCUAGAACUGAAUGAAAACCCAGAUGUUCUACAUCAGGAUAUUCAGCAGGUCAGGGACAUGAUCAUCACCAGGCCUGACAUUGGAUUUUUACGUACAGAUGAUGCCUUCAUCCUGAGAUUUCUCCGAGCCAGGAAGUUUCACCAAGCGGAUGCCUUUAGACUCCUGGCCCAGUACUUCCAGUACCGCCAGCUAAACCUGGACAUGUUCAAAAACUUCAAGGCAGAUGAUCCCGGCAUUAAGAGGGCUCUGAUCGAUGGGUUCCCUGGGGUGCUGGAAAACCGCGACCACUACGGCAGGAAGAUUCUUCUGCUGUUUGCAGCCAAUUGGGAUCAGAGUAGGAACUCCUUCACAGACAUCCUCCGCGCCAUCCUGCUCUCGUUGGAAGUCCUUAUUGAAGAUCCUGAGCUGCAGAUAAAUGGCUUCAUUUUAAUUAUAGACUGGAGUAAUUUUUCCUUCAAACAAGCCUCCAAACUGACACCAUCAAUCCUUAAACUGGCCAUCGAAGGGCUGCAG